GCAUGACGCGAGGCGGGGCGGGCGGCAGCCGCCGAGGCUGGCGGCGGCCUAGGCGAUGCCGCUGCUGGUGGACGGGCGUCGAGUGCGGCUGCCGCGGUCUGCUGCGGAACUGGUUCGAGCGCACCCGCUGCUGGAGGAAAGAGCCAGACUUCUCAGAGGUCAGUCUGUUCAACAAGUGGGACCCCAGGGCCUUCUGUAUGUUCAGCAAAGAGAGCUUGCAGUGACCUCCCCAAAGGAUGGCUCCAUCACCAUUCUGGGUUCUGAUGAUGCCACUACUUGUCACAUUGUGGUCCUGAGGCAUACAGGUAAUGGGGCGACCUGCCUCACACACUGUGAUGGAACUGACACCAAAGCCGAAGUCCCCUUGAUAAUGAGCUCUAUAAAAUCCUUUUCUGAGUAUGCUCAGUGUGGAAGGCUGGAAGUGCACCUUGUGGGAGGCUUCAGUGAUGACAGGCAGCUGUCACAGAAACUUACUCAUCAGCUUCUUAGUGAAUUUGACAAGCAAGAUGAUGACAUUCACUUAGUGACAUUAUGUGUGACAGAAUUAAAUGACCGGGAAGAAAAUGAAAACCACUUUCCGAUCAUUUAUGGCAUCGCUGUCAACAUUAAAACUGCAGAGAUUUACAGAGCUUCCUUUCAAGAUCGUGGCCCAGAGGAGCAGCUUCGUGCUGCAAGAGCUUUAGCAGGAGGCCCGGGCCAUGGAGACAUUUCUUUGGAGCUAAAUCUCAGGUGCCUGAAUUGUUGCUUCAGCGAAGGGAAUGGAAUUUUGGAUUACAGAAAGGAACAUAAGGAACAGCAAAUAAGGAGCCUCAUCAGCAUAUAUGAGUCUAUUCCCGAAGUGGAAUAGAACUGGUUUCCUUCUGUUAGUGAAGGUGAACUGUGGAGCGGUUUAACCCACCUGGAAGUCUCUGUUUGCUUUGAGUGCCUGAAGGUGUUGGAGGCGGUGUCACUCCUGUACCUUGUACUUUGUGGACGUAUGUGUAUUCUGUGGAUUCCAGAGAGCCUGUCAGGAAAAGAAAGGAAUGGCAGAAGCUCCAGGCACAGCUAUCCUGAGGUGUCUUAACCAGCUCAACCAGCCACUCGGCUUCCCACUGACUGAACUGGAGCAAACCCACCCUGCAGUUGCUCACGUCUCUCCCCAGGCUCUUCAGCUCCAUUAGUGUGUGCAGUGUGCUGGGACCCUCACUCAGUUGC